AUGAACCGCAUCAGCGACGCCAUCGUCAAAGAUCACCGCGAGCUGGAAGACUACUAUAACCGCAUCACCCAAUCAAAGGACCUUGACGAGCAGACGAGAUACCAGAAUCAAUUCGUUUGGGAGCUUGCACGCCACUCCAUCAGCGAAGAGCUAGUCGUAUAUCCAGUGCUUGAGAAGUCGAUCAUCAACGGCCAGCAGAUUGCCCAAAAGGACCGCCAGGAGCACCAAAAGGUCAAAGAGAAGCUCUACGAAUUCCAGAAGCUCUCCGCCAAAGACCCAGACUUCAUCCCCACGCUAAAGAGCCUUUACACCGACCUAAAGCAGCAUAUACGGGAGGAAGAAGAGCAAGACCUGCCGAAGCUAGAACAAGCCGUGUCUGGGGACGAGUCUCGACAGCUUUCCAAGAGCUUCCAGAGGACCAAGAUGUUUGUCCCUACUCACAGUCACCCUUCUGCUCCAGACAAGCCACCGUUUGAGACGGUGGUUGGGUUGCUCUCUGCGCCGCUGGAUAAACUCAUGGAUGCUUUCAAAAAGUUCCCAAAGGAUUAG